ACACACACAUACGCACAUACAAACACACACACACACACACACACUCAUACGCACACACAUAUGCAUAUUCUGGCCUCCACAUCCUCUACACACUGAAACCUGUUCUUGCACUCGUUCCGCACACAACGGAACUCAGUCUAGCUGAGUCUACACGUCUCCAUCCCAGCAGUAAAACGUUGUAUUUCCUUGAAGCUGACUAUCGUCCCACAAUGGACAACCUUCAAAGAUAAAGAGUGCAGGUCGAAAUGUGUCUCCUUUGAACAUGGAUCGUUGGAACAGAGGAGGUGGGAUCAGACAACGAUCCGAUCACCAUGACGACUCGGACGAAGGAGACUACCACGAGCCGGAGGAACCAAUCAUGCGCUUUCCCAGACCGAGUCUGCUUCCGCCAGCUUCAGAGUAUGCAGACAAAUGUCCUCCAAGAGAACGACCUUUUGCUGUCGGAUCCAGAGAUUUUAAGAACAUUCUGGAUACUCCUCCACGACUACCAAGGAGGCCCCCAGGAAGUGCAGCGCCAAUUGUAAACCGUGAUCUAAAACCAGGAAGACAGACGAAGGUUACACAAGAGCGAAAAUCAAAGACUUUAGGCUGUAACGAACCGACUACAAAGAUCCCACCAAGGCCAGUGAAAUCACUGCCACGGGAUGGUUAUGAUCACAAUGACGAUGCUCCUCCAUCCAGAGCUCCACCCUGUGCUCCAGUGCGCACACCAAACAUACAGACACGCACUGCAGCAGACAGUGGUGCGAGUCGGACAGACGGCGAGGGCCUGAGUAACAGCAGACUAACAGGUCUCCGAAGUGGCUCGAGUCAACGACACUCGCUGGAUCUGGAGACACAUGAACAUGAACGAAGACACAUGACAGAUGGGACGGACGAACGAGAUCCAGCCAGACAUAUGCAUCAUGAGUGGCCUCAGGUUAAAGCAGACACAGAGCAGGCCAGCUACACAGGACACAGCAAACCAGUAGAGGUGUCUGCUGAGCAGGAAUGGUAUGUAGGAACAUUUACUAGAGUGGAAGCAGAACAUGCACUUCAUCUGGUGAACCGGGAGGGAGCUUUUCUAGUGCGCGACUGCUCCAGGAACACUACACAGGAGCCAUUUGUUCUGGCUGUAUUUCAUGACAACCGAGUCUUUAAUGUGCAGAUUCGUUUUUGUAAGGAGACCUGCAAGUACAGACUGGGAACCAGAAUCAAGACUGAUGAUGCAUUUGACUCAGUGGCUGAAAUCAUCAAAUUCCACUCCAUAUUCCCCAUCCUGCUUAUUGAUGGACGAAACCCAUCAGCUAUAUCUGGUUCGAAAAGACAGUGUGUCCUCAUGUACCCAGUCACAGCAGAGGACAUGAAGAGACUUCUGAACUAAAUGACAACAAAACAAUUCAUACUGAAGAACUAGAUAUGUUCCAUCUGUUGUUUGGAAUACUGUAUAAUAAAUAAAGAAAAUACACACACAAUAGAGUUUUCAAAAAACAUGAAGUCAUGCACAUUAUGUAAUUAUUGUAACGCAGUGCGAGUUAAAAGUUUCUGGAGGAACAAGCAAGUGCUUCUAAAGUUAAAUUGGGUUCACCUACAGUACUCGAAAGCCUCCGAAGUACUUUCUUCUUCAACGAAGACUUUUGUGAGAAGUGAAGCAGCAGAAACGGAUCCAUGGGCACACUGUCCUCGUCAUCGGUGAGGAUGGUGAUGUUAACAGCCAAAGGACCACAGAGGUUUACUGUAUUUUGAUUCUUUAAAGGUUUUGAUUGCAGUCAUUGUUCAGUACCAAAAGCAAUCUAAUAAACACCACUUUCAUAAAAACAAGCUGUCUGGAAGCAAGAAGCAAAUUUCACCUGAACUUCCCCAGCCAUCAUUAGACUGACAACUGUGUUUAUGGUCUGAUUAACAUUUUGGGCAAGAACCAAUAAUAAUAAUAAAAAUUUAUACAAGAAAUGUUAUGUAAGACCCAUCAUAAAAUACCUGAAGA